UAUUUCAUCAUGGCAGCCUCCAUGAGGUCGUGUGUCCUUCAGAGAAUACAAAAUAUUGGUCGAUUCGCCCGUUCGAGUCGUUAUUUGAAGAACACAAAGCAAUUUUCAGUUAUUCACAUAGGCAAAAAUACAAUUCCUAUUUAUGAAGUAAAGCAUUCCCAUCUUCAAGCAAGAUCCUUAUUUACAACAAACCAAUGUUACAAUACAGAGGACACACAAGAAGCAGAGGUAGAGGAGGAUUAUCAUUCUAUUAUUAAAGAUACAGAAAGAUCUAAAGGACCAUCAGAUAAACAUGAAUUUCAAGCAGAGACAAGGAAGUUAUUGGACAUUGUUGCCCGAUCUCUUUACUCUGAAAAAGAGGUGUUCAUCAGAGAAUUAAUAUCUAAUGCCAGUGAUGCUUUAGAGAAGUUACGAUACAUACAGGUGACAAAACAAGAAGCCAUUACAGACGAUCUAUCUUUAGAGAUUCAUAUCGCUACUGAUGAGGAAAAGAAAACGUUAACUAUACAGGAUACUGGAGUUGGUAUGACCAAAGAAGAAAUAAUUGAAAACUUAGGUACAAUAGCAAGGUCUGGUUCUAAGGCCUUUCUGGAGAAUGUUGACCAAGGUAGCAGUGAUGUUGCAAGUAAUAUCAUUGGUCAGUUUGGUGUAGGAUUUUAUUCCUCGUUCAUGGUUGCUUCAAAAGUGGAAGUGUUUUCUAAAACUUAUCACCCAGACUCACCUGCUUAUAAAUGGUCAUCAGAUGGAACAGGAUCCUAUGAACUUUCAGAAGCUGAGUCUGUUGACAGAGGAACAAAAAUUGUACUACAUCUGAAGGGAGACUGCUAUGAUUUUGCUAAAGAAAACAUUGUUAAUGAUGUUAUUAAGAAAUACAGUAAUUUUCUUGGUGUACCGAUUUUUCUUAAUGGACGCAGAGCAAAUAUAAUUCAGGCUCUAUGGAUGAUGGAUCAGAAAGACAUUACAGAAGAUAUGCACCAUGAAUUCUACAGAUUUACCACUAAUUUAUAUGACUCACCUAAAUACCACUUACAAUAUAAAAUAGAUGCUCCACUUAACAUUAGAGCAUUGUUUUAUGUACCUGACCAUAAACCUACUUUUGAUUUGAGUCGGGAAUCCGAUGUUGGGAUUUCAUUAUACAGUCGUAAAAUUAUGAUCAUGUCCAAGGCUAACAACGUUUUGCCAAGGUGGCUGAGAUUUGUUAAAGGUGUGGUAGAUAGUGAAGAUAUUCCAUUGAACUUGAGUAGAGAAUUGCUGCAGGACAGCGCUCUUAUCAGGAAACUAAGGACAGUUUUAACGACCAGGCUAUUAAAGUUUUUCCAGGACCAAUCAAAGAAGGAUCCUGAAAAAUAUAUGAAGUUUUAUGAAGAUUAUGGUCUAUUCUUCAGAGAGGGUAUAAUUACCACCCAUGAACAGGAACAGAAGGAAGAUGUAGCAAAGUUGCUGAGAUUUGAGUCCUCUAAGUUACUUCCUGGUGAAGUAGUUAGUUUGGCUGAAUAUGCAACUAGAAUGAAGGCUGGUGCCAGAAAUAUAUACUACCUGUCUGCUCCAAGUCGACAGCUGGCAGAGACUUCUCCAUAUUUUGAAGCUCUACAGAAAAAAGACAUUGAAGUGUUGUUUUGUUAUGAACCUUAUGAUGAACUUGUAUUAAUGCAACUUGGCCAGUUUGAUAAAAAGUAUUUAAAAUCAAUAGAGAAUGAAAUUCAGGAAUCAAAGGAGGAUACAGACACUGUUGAUGAAAAAGAUCCUCAAAGUCUGAGUCAAACAAACGCUGAUGAACUUAUGUCAUGGUUAGGAGUCAUUCUCACGAACAAAGUACAGAAAAUCAAGGUAACAAAAAGAUUAUCCUCACAUCCUUGCAUUAUCACAGUGGCUGAGAUGGGAGCAGCAAGACAUUUUCUAAGAACAACACUGGCAGAUAAAUCACAAGAUGAACGAUACAGACUACUACAACCGACACUGGAAAUUAAUCCCAGUCAUAAAUUGAUCAGAAAACUGUUCUUACUUAAAGAGAGUGAUCCAGAUUUGGGGAGAUUACUGGCUGAGCAGUUAUAUGAGAAUGCAAUGAUCGGGGCAGGACUUUUGGAUGAUCCACGUGUAAUGGUUGGACGACUUACUGAACUUUUAGAAAGAGCUUUGGAUAAAGUUUAAUAUAGAUUUUAAUAUUGUUUGUCACUUUGCUAUGAAAAAUAAAUAGAGUAACUCAAA